GAAGGUGGCCGCAUUCAUUAGUUACAAAAAAAGAUUCAUAAAGAACUUCGGCUGCCCCUUCAAGUUCAGCUACAACGCAAAGCAGCCAAAAGUGCUUCUCUGUUCCGCUUUUACUCCUUGUACCAUGGGCUUAGGAGGAGGACAGGAAACGUCGUCGUUUGUGAGUGAUUUUCUGGAAAAGUGUGGUGGCUAUGCUGUUCUUGACGGUGGGUUUGCCACUGAGCUUGAACGACAUGGAGCUGACCUCAACGACCCUCUCUGGAGCGCCAAAUGCCUUAUCAGUUCUCCUCACCUCGUCAGAAGGGUACACUUGGACUACCUUGAUGCUGGCGCAAACGUCAUAAUAACCGCGUCUUAUCAGGCCACCAUUCAGGGUUUUGAGGCCAAAGGUUUCUCUAAAGAAGAAGCCAAAGCCUUGCUUAGGAAAAGUGUAGAAAUUGCAAUUGAGGCAAGGGAAAUUUAUUAUGACAAAUUGCAAUCAAGACGUCCAGUUCUAGUUGCAGCAUCUGUGGGCAGCUAUGGGGCAUACUUGGCUGAUGGCUCUGAGUAUAGUGGGAACUACGGUGAUGCAGUUACUGUAGAGACGUUGAAGGAUUUCCACAGGGAAAGGGUACAGAUUCUGGCCAACUCGGGUGCUGAUCUUAUUGCAUUCGAGACAACUCCGAAUAAGAUAGAAGCAAAGGCAUAUGCUGAGUUGCUUGAGGAAGAAGGAAUAGACAUUCCAGCCUGGUUUUCCUUCAAUUCUAAGGAUGGAAUCAAUGUGGUCAGUGGCGAUUCGAUCUCAGAGUGCGCCUCUAUUGCAGAUUCAUGCAAGCAAGUUGUUGCCGUUGGAAUCAACUGCACACCUCCUAGAUUCAUCCAUGGACUGGUUUCAUCGAUUCGGAAGGUUACAAGCAAACCAAUAGUCAUAUACCCCAACAGUGGUGAGACUUAUGAUGGUCUGACCAAGCAAUGGGUGCAAUCAAGCGGGGCGGUCGAUGAAGAGUUUGCAGACAUAGUGAUAGGCAAGUGGCGUGAGGCGGGGGCUUCUCUAUUCGGAGGCUGCUGCAGGACAACUCCAAACACCAUAAGGGCCAUAUCUAGAGUUCUCUCCAACAACAAGUCUUCUGCAAUUAACGAGGAUGCUUAAAUGAGUUCCAAAACUGAGAUGUAAAUAUUUCUCUAAUUCGCUAAGAAUAAAAGCUUUAUAUCCCUUCCUUUCCUUGUUUUGUAACUCAGAGGAAGCAGUGAAAAUGUCACCGUGGUGAGCCUGUUCCAGAAUAAAAGUGUUAAUUUCAAGGGUAAAAUUUUCUGGCA